AUGUUCAAACGCAGUACUUUCACUACUCUAGUCCUGGCGACUUCCUGGCUCCCCGCGCUCCUCACCAGCGCUAGUGUCAUCGACCCGCUCGGGUCUCGUUCAGCUGCAUAUGCUAGAUACACCACCGCACACUCUCUGGGAGAACGUUAUGCCUUUGAUGUUAGAGAUGGCUGGCAAAGUAUCAACGUCACGGACCUGCAGUACAAAUACACUAACUCCGGGAACAACCUGGCGACUCCGAAGGGAAAUAUCCUAGCUGGCGCCUCUGUCUCACAUGCUCUCGACUCCGUCUGGAACAGCCUGAAGGGUCUUGGGAAAGCGGAAGAUGUGACUAUUACCUGGUACACAGGCCACGACCUGGAAAAUCCAAGCUGCUGGGCUAACUCGGGUUGGGCUCCUACUGACGCCUCCUUUGCAUGUGCUCUGACCCUGGAGGGAUGGACGACUCGACCCAAAUGUUUCAAGUUUUUGGAACUAUGUAACGGCCCCAAGAAAUGUACCUUCGUCCGAGUGGUAGACACAUGUGCCGGAUGCGCCCCAGGCUCAAAGCAUGUGGAUCUGACCAAAGCAGCUUUUUCCCAACUAGCUGACGUCGACCAGGGUCUCUUGACAGUCCAGAUGCGACUCGCUACUGAGCCAUCAACAUGGUGA